AUGGCAAAGCAUUAUUCCGCACAGGAGAUUAUUGAGGUCUUGCACCUAUCCCCACAUCCAGAAAAAGGCUACUACAUCGAGACCUUCCGCGACACCGACUUGUCAAAUAACCGCCCCUACAGCACCUGUAUUUACUAUCUUCUUGAAGGCGAAGCUGGCCGCUCAAAAUGGCACCGUGUUCUCGAUGCCGUCGAGGUAUGGCAUUACUACGCUGGCGCCCCUGUGCAACUUUCACUAUCCUGGGACGACGGAAAACCCACUCGGGACAUUACUCUAGGGACUGAUUUUGUGAAAGGCCAACGCCCCCAAGCUAUCGUGAAGCGCGGAGAAUGGCAGCAUGCAAGAAGCUUGGGUGAUUGGACACUCGUGGGGUGUACGGUGGCGCCAGCCUUCCUGUUUGAGUCAUUUGAGAUCGCUCCGGAGGGCUGGGAGCCUCGUCUUAAUGUCACCGAGUACGAGGGAAGUACGCCGGCAUGA